AUGACGACUAAGAAGCUGCUCAUUGAAACACUGAACCAGUUGAGUCCAGAGGACUUUGCUGAGUUCAAGUCACACAUUGCAGUAGAGAAAGAUCUCCAACUGAUGUCACAGAGCCGACUGAAAACAGCAAACACCCAGGAUGUAGUGGAGCUGAUGGAGGAGACGUACAGGGGAGAGUGUGUGGAGGAGACCAGAAAGGCUUUAAUGAAGAUGAACAGGACUGAUCUGGUGCAGAGAUUAUCAGACAAACAGUUUCCUCCACUGAGCCAGAGAGUAGAAACGAUGGAGUCUCUUAUUGAGCUGCUUUUGGAGACACUGGCUGAUCUGAGUGACAGCGAGGUCAAAGACUUCAUCAAGAUCCUGAGAAGAAAACGUGGCUUAAUGAUCCCAACGAGUCUGUCAGACCUGCAGGACGUGCAGGACGUGGUGUUUUUGAUGGUGAGGACUUUUGGCCAACAGUCAGUGAAGAAGAUCAUGAAGAUUUUACAGGAGAUGAAGAGGACUGAUCUGGCUCAGAGGCUGACAGACAGCAGCUCAGAAGCUCAAAACAAACAUCUGGAUGAACAUCUGUCUGCACUGAUCCAUAAAGUUGCAACAAUGGCAGCUGUUACAGAUCUGCUUCUAGAAACACUGGAGGAUUUGAGUGAUCAGGAUCUCAAGCUGUUCAGGAGGCUCCUGCAGUUCACUCGUUUUCAGAAGAGUCUUCCACAAAUCAAACUGAGUGAUGACAGAAGAGAAAUAGUGAAUGUGAUGGUUGAUAAAUGUGGUCAUCAGUCUGUGGAGGUGAUCAGGGAGGUUUUAACAGACAUGCAGAGAACUGAUCUGGUGCAGAGGCUGUCAGAGAGCAGCUCAGGACUCAAAGCUGCAGGAUCAUCAGCUGAAGGAUUUGAUGUGGAGGAAACAGAGAAAGAGAAACACUCUGAGGAUGAACGUUGGCCUGCACUGAUCCACAAAGUAGAAACGAUGGAGUCUGAUAUUGAGCUGCUGCUGGAAACUCUGGAUGCUCUCAAUGAGGUGGAGCUCAGUGAGCUCAACAAGACCCUGCGACAAAUUCUUGAUGAUGACUAUUGUGGCAUGACCUUCUCAUGGAUGUGGUACAUGAGGACAGGCCUGCAGGACACAGUGUUUCUGAUGGUGCAGGCUUUCGGCCAACAGUCAGUGGAGACGACCAUGGAGGUCUUAAAGAAGAUGGAGAGGACUGAUCUGGCUCAGAGGCUGUCAGACUGCAGCUCACUGCCUAGAAAGAAACACUCUGUGGAUGAACGACGCUCUGCACUGAUCCACAAAGUGGCAACAACAGCAGCUGUCAGACAUCUGCUUUUAGAAAAUUUGAAUGAUUCGAGUCAUGAGGAGCUGAAGAAAUUUAAGAGGCUCUUACAGAUGAUUAUUCCUUGGAGGAAUCUGUCUGAUAUCUUAUGGAGGUUGAGUCGAUCAUCAACCAGAGCAGUUAUAGUGAAUCUGAUGAUGGAUGAACUUGGUCAGCAGUCUGUGGAGGUGACCAGAGAAGUUUUCAUGCACAUGAACAGAACUGAUGUGGUGCAGAAGUUAUCAGAGAGCAGCUCAGCAUCCAGAGACUGGCAACCUGUCCAGGGUGUACCCUGCCACUCUCCCUAA